AGACGCUCACCUAGCACUGCCAAAAGCGGUCAUGGGUUAUUUUUAAACCGCCCAGGAAGUAUUUAUUGUGUGCGGCAGCAGCAACAGCGGCAGGUGACCCGGCAGGAAGCUUUGCUGCUGGAUCUGGCACCAUGGCCCCUAAGAAAGCCAAGAAGAGAGCAGAGGGCGCCAACUCCAAUGUCUUCUCCAUGUUUGAGCAGACGCAGAUCCAGGAGUUCAAGGAGGCCUUCACCAUCAUGGACCAAAACCGGGACGGCUUCAUCGACAAGAACGACCUGAGGGACACCUUCGCCGCCCUGGGACGCGUGAAUGUGAAGAACGAGGAGAUCGACGAGAUGAUCAAGGAGGCCCCGGGCCCCAUCAACUUCACCGUGUUCCUCACCAUGUUCGGGGAGAAGCUCAAGGGCGCAGACCCGGAGGAGACGAUCCUCAACGCGUUCAAGGUGUUCGACCCCGAGGGCAAGGGGGUGCUGAAGGCCGACUACAUCCGGGAGAUGCUGACCACACAGGCCGAGAGGUUCUCCAAGGAGGAGAUCGACCAGAUGUUUGCAGCCUUUCCCCCCGACGUGACGGGCAACCUGGACUACAAGAACCUGGUCCACAUCAUCACCCACGGCGAGGAGAAGGACUGAGCGCCGCCCCCCCCCCCCGCCCGCACCCGCCCACCUCCGUCCUCACCACCCCUACCGUCCUUGCCACCCCCACCGCGUGCCAAUAAACAAGGCCCCCGGGCCUGCUCGGUCCUGAUGUCAUCCUUGCCCCACGCAAGAAGGCCUCUGCUGACUCACAGGGGCGGGGCCUGCCGUUGUUGAA